ACUGAUCUUAUGACCAAUACAAGUCAGGGAAACAGUUCUAUCGUCACUUCUUCUACUGAAACAAAUAAAUACCAGUUACAAUGGGACUUGGAAACACAGGGUCUUGUGCUAUCAUCCUACUACUACACUUUUCCUCUCACGCCCUUGCUGGGAGGCUAUUUGGCAGGGAAAUUCGGCGGAAAGUGGGUGAUCUUCAGUCAAAUUAUGCUCAUGUGUGCAGCCUCGAUUUCAAUUCCAUUCGUUGCCCUCAUCGACCCAGCGCUUGUCAUGAUCGCCCGUGCUGUUGUUGGUUUCACAUCAGGUGGGUUAAUGCCGGCUACCGUUCAGCUUCUAUCGAGAUGGGCUCCACAAUUUGAACGUUCCAGAAUGUUAGCAAUCGUCAACUCAGGCCAAAGCAUUGGUAAUAUUUUAACCUUCCUCUUGUCCGGUUUUAUAUGUAUGAUACCUUUCCAAGGAGGAUGGCCUUUCAUCUUCUAUAUAUUUACUGCCGUCAACUUCCUUGCCAACCUCUUAUGGAUAGUUGUUGUCUACGAUUCACCGGAAGUACACCCAAAAGCUAGCGCCAGGGAAGUCCUUUAUAUACUACAAGAGCGGCGCAGUACUACCGCCAAGAUGCCUUCACCACCGUGGAAAAACUUCGUCACUUCCGGUCCAUUCUGGGCUAUACUGGUAGCACAUACAACGCACGGGUUCAUAUUCACAGUGAUAGGUACUUUCCUUCCUCUGUACAUGAAAGACGUCCUGAUGUAUGAUCCUACGACGAACGGAGUGCUGUCCUCACUGCCUUUCAUUGGACGAUUCAUUGGCGCAUUUUCGGUUGGGUUUUUAGCUGACAAAUGUACGGAAAAGAAAUGGUUCUCGACUGGCACGACGAGAAAAGGCCUACAGUGUAUUGGCAUGCUUGGGUCAGCUCCAUUUCUAAUUGCCCUUAGUUACAUGACGGUAGAGAGAAGGACAUUGGCUGUAGUACUCCUGAUAUGCUACUGGACAUUGCAGUCUACAACCAAUGCUGCAUUUCGUGUCAAUCAUCUCGACAUAGCACCGACAUAUGCUGGGGUUAUUAAUGGGAUAACAUUGACGUGUGCUUCGUUAGCGGCCCUAGUAGCACCAGUAGUCACCGCUGCCAUUACAACUAACGGAACCCGAGAAGAAUGGCAGAUUGUAUUCUUCAUCUGCGCAGGACUUGGAGUGUUUGGCGCCUUAGUGUUUUGCCUCCUAGGAUCUGGAGAAGAACAGGAGUGGGCAAAGGACCCAAAUCUGGACAUCGAAAACGAUAUACGUCGAAUGUCUAUGGACGUUCAGUCAUUAGCAGAACAACCAAAUGGGGAAACAUCUGGUUUCACAUUGGGUGGUCAACGCAGAAGAUCUUCACAAAAACCGUACGUCGGCGUGUCAUCAGAUGUCUCAAUAAAUGGACAGGAUAUUGAUGAAGAAGAUUUGACCUAUUCCAGUUUGGAAAAAGGACAACUGUCUUUUGAAACCGAGUUAAAAAAUAACGACUUCAUCCAUGCAAAUAACAACAGUUUCUCCAAUCUACGACCAAUAUUGAAUUUCCAUUCUCAUUCCGAAAAAGAUUGCAGGUCGAUAGAUGAUAUAAACGCUAUUGGUAAAUCACCAGUGAAUCCAACGCUCUCCUAUUCCAGCUAUGGUUUUGAAAAUACAAUAAUGGACAUAGACGACGACGCAGAGCAAGAACCAGCUUCCCAACUUAAUAAUAGCAUCGGUAAUACAACAAAGUACAGUGAUGACAUAGAAGAGACGGAGACAUAUACCAGUAGUUUUGAUCGAACCGACAACACGGGUGUUAAGAAUAGAAAUCACAAAAAUCUAGUUAUGGUUAUGAGUAAGAAUGACGCAGUAUCAGAAUGUACACAUCUUUAACGUUACCUGCUAUGAUGCCUGGUAUUUCAUAGCAGUUUUUAUACAUUUCUUGCAGCGCACAAAUGUCUCUAUCAUAAACACCUGUGUCUCAAGCAACAUUUAUAUGACUUCAAAAACAAUGAUUUUCCCAUUUUUGUCUUUUUGUAUAUCCUUGCAGUUGCAUUAAAUUAUCGUCAAUAACCA